UAUAAUAUAUUUUAUUGUAUAAAUUGAUUAACUAUUUGUUUGUUUGCGAUUAUGGGUUGUUGUGGAAGCAGUUGCUGUAAUUCUGAACGAAAACGUUAUCCCAAUCUAUAUAUGGCAUCACAAAUGACCGAAAAUCUUAACAAACAAAUAAUAAACAAACAAUUUGUUAAACGACUGACCACUCGUUCAGAAUUAUUAGCGGUCAGAGAUAAUCCUGAUGUGUCGCCCGACGUACGGGCAAUACUGACUGAACCGUACAGUAAUGUCGAUAAGAUUACUGACAAUCUAUAUUUGACAGGAAUGGGUGGUCUCAUCAAAGAAAACAUUGAGAGCCUCUAUAUUACGUGUAUAAUCAAUGCAACCUAUGAAGCGCCCAACUAUUUGCUACCCGAACUUCAAACCUUUAGAGUACCGGUGGACGACACCAGCAAUGAUAAUAUAUAUCCAUAUUUUGACGAAGUGGCCGAUAAAAUCAACGAAAUUGCCGCCCAAAAUGGUCGAACUAUUGUGCAUUGUGUGGCCGGUAUCAGUCGGUCAUCAACAUUGGUAAUUGCCUAUUUGAUUAAAUACAAAAAGAGGACACUUCGCGAUGCAUUCAUACACGUGCGGUCAAAGCGAUCGCUAUCGCAGCCAAACAUCGGAUUUUUUCGACAACUCUUAGACUAUGAAACUAAAGUGUUGGGCAAAUCGUCGGUAAAAAUCAUUAAAACAAUUGUCGAAGACAUAGAGGUAAUCGUUCCGGACGUCUUUCAAGAGUUUCCCGAUCUAUUGAUGACAAUGGCGUUGAAUACUAAAGCGUCGCCAAAACGCAAGAAGAAUGAGAUCGCAGAUGAAUAUACAAACAAAAGUUUUACUGAAAACAAUUGA